AUGACGAGUAUACCGAUUUUAAGCUGUAUUUCAAGCGGAUCGUUUGAACAUAGCGGAAUGAUUAUAGCACCUUAUUCUGUCAAAACGAUGUCCUCUAUUGCAUAUGGAAUUACAGAUAACCUACUUACAAGGGCAGCAGACGUUACUCUCAAAGAAAGAAGACCUCUCGUUUUAAUGCUUAGAGAAACACCAUUGAAUCUAAGUCACAUAGAGGCAAUGAAGCAUGUAACCCUUAUGGGUGGAAUCAUUGCUCCACCGUUAAACUCUUUUUACAUUCAGCCAAAAAGUAUUGAGGAUCUUGUGCACUACAGUGUAGCAAGAUUUUAG